AUGAAGAUAAAUCGUGCUUUGAAUAAGAAAAACGCUGAAGAAAAUCUCGAUGAGAAGCAUUAUUUAUUGAAGCCGAAUUGGAAACAUUUAAACGAAAAUGCGAUAAUUUACAAAUUAAAAUAUGGAAAAGAUAUUCAUCGUAUGGAAAAAUAUCUUUCAAAAAUUAAUAAUUUAAUUCGAGAUCGAUUACCAAUGACAAAAAGUCGAAACAAUCUUCCAGUAAUCUAUUCAUCUAUUUCACCUACUUAUUAUCGCAAAAACCAUCGAUUUAUGUUGACACCUGCUAAUAAGAAAUUGAAUGAAGCGGAUCCGAACUGGAAGUUACCUCGUGGUGUUCUGCAGCGAAAUGCAGCUCUUAGUUGGCUUAGGACGCUUGAAACAAGGUGUUUAUAUUUCGGUGAUGAUGAUAACGCUUACGAUUUGCGCUUAUUCGAGUAA